GCAAAGGGAACGAAGCUUCUUUCUUCUGUUUCUUCGACAUUGUCUCCGAGAGCUGUCUUAAGUUGGUAGCUCCACAGUUGCUGUUCUGCUUCAGCACCAUUAUCAUCGAAUGUCUUUAGAUAGUGCUUUAGGUCAUAAGCUCAAGAAAAGGCUGAAGCUUUCAUCACUUAGCUCCAAUCCUUCUUAUAAAGGAAGGAGUAGAUCCAUUACUCAACGCAGUGAUGAUGACACUAACUCUCGGAAGACUAGUAAGACUACGGUUUCCUAUUUGAAGAAGAAGAGGGUCUACCCCAAUAAGGCUGAGCAUAACCAUGUGAACGAAAUCCCACGCACCAUGUGGGCUGCCUCAAAGAGAAACCAACGGUCUACUUCUAGUUUUAAGACCUCUACUGAUGCUGCAACAAGUGUGUUUAAAACAAAGUCACCGAGGGGAGAUGAUGCUACUCGAAAGAGCUACAGGAAGAGAGAUGAUUUGGAUAAUAAUGCAGAUGUGAGCCGAAGGAAAAGCUCAGAUGUGCAGUCUUUUAAGGCUAGAAAACAAGCGUUUUCAGAGAAGAGAGUUGUGGGAGAUGGUUCAGAUAUUCAGGAGGAUAAACCAAGGAAGAGAAAGAGGAUACGACUGGAUCCCUAUGAUACCUCAAAUAAAAGAAUAGAUGACGAUGUCGUUCUUGAUGAAGGCCUUAGAGUAAAGAACAAAAAAGAUGCAGUGAAAAGUGUAGAAAUGUCGAAAAAUGCACAGUUUCGUGCAAUUCAGCCUAGUCAUUCGAUCCUUUCCUAUGUGGAAGAAAAUCUGUUGGGGCGUAGACGUUUAAUUGAGCUAAAGAAGGCCGGCUACAACACAGAGCUUCCUGCUCCAUUAGAUAAUAUUCCUCAGUCAACCAGCACAGAGAGAGAACGUAUAGAAGAAAGUGUAUUUAGGAAUAAACUGGAAUUCUUUGCUGCUGCAAAUGUUUCAUCUUCAUUUCCACCUCCUGAUGUACCUGAAAUUGCAUUUGCAGGAAGGUCAAAUGUUGGCAAAUCGUCUCUGCUAAAUGCCCUUACCAGACAGUGGGGUGUUGUAAGAACAUCUGACAAACCGGGACUGACCCAGACCAUCAAUUUCUUUGGUCUUGGUCCGAAGCUUCGCCUUGUUGAUUUGCCAGGCUAUGGCUUUGCCUUUGCAAAAGAUGAAGUUAAGGAAGCAUGGGAAGAUCUUGUAAAGGAAUAUGUUUCGACAAGAACUAGUCUGAAAAGGGUAUGCCUCCUUGUUGACACCAAAUGGGGUAUGAAGCCAAGAGACCAGGAACUUAUUAAUCUAAUGGAGAGAUCGAAUACAAAGUAUCAGAUAGUCUUAACCAAGACAGAUGUGGUUUUUCCAAUGGAUGUGGCACGUCGGGCAAUGCAAAUCGAAGAGAAGUUGAAGGCAAACAGAUCAAUUGUCCAGCCUCUGAUGAUGGUGAGCUCAAGAUCAGGAGCAGGCAUAGGAAGCUUAAGAACUGCCCUUGCUAAAAUUGCAAAAUUAGCGACUCUCGCUGGGUUCUUCGUCCUCCAGAAGCUCAACUCUACCUCUGACGAUCCUCUCGACGAUUCCUUCACCGACGCUGAACCCGCCGACGACGACUCAGUCUCCGGAUUCUCCAAGGUGGGAAUGGCAAUGAAGUCUGGAUUUUGGACAUGCGUUGACAUGGCAAGUGGUCGCUAUCUCUGGAACAAUCUCUCUUCUGUUUCCAAACGCUCUUCUUGAGUUUUGUUACUCUCUUCUAUGUCUCUCUGUCUCUAUUGUCUGUAACUGUGUAAUUGAAUUGCAAUGGACAGCACCAAAUUCACAUAUUGUCUCUGUACUGUACUAUAGAUCUUGUCUUCACUACUAAAUUUCAAUAAAGUCCAAGUCUUUAU